GUGUGUGUGAGUGUCUGUGUGUGUCUGUCUGUCUGUGUGUGCUUGUGUGUGGUGCUUUGCAUUAGUGUCGCGUGAGGUUCAGCCUGUAUGCUGGCACGUUUGGCCGCCUUGAGCGCUCGUCCCCGACCCUGGUGCUGCCUUGAACGGGUUGACACCGCCACCACCACGCUGGCUUGCUGCUUGCCUUGUUCCCUUUCGCUUUUUGUCGCUGGUGCCGAAAUUCCAUGCACAAUUAACACCGAAGAACAAGCAACAAGACAGACGAUGACGAGGCGGAAUGUUGCACGACAACCAGCCGGCCUGGCAAGGAUGGUGGUUCCUGUCGUGGCGGCGAUGAUGAUGGCGAUGGUGGUGGUGGGGAGCUUCUCGGCGCUUGGCGUAAAUGCACAGGUUGGCCGCCUUGUUGUCACUGACACACAGACUGGGGCGCAGAAGCGCGUCUGCUCGUUGUAUGAGCAAGACUGGGCACCGCUCAACAACACCUGGUCUCGCACGCAAGAGAUUGCGUUGGUGGAUCCGCCCAUGGGCUGCACCGUCAAUGACACCGUCGACAUUUCCAACGGCCCUGAUCUGAACGGGCGGAUCGCUGUGUUUGAGCGAGGCAACUGCUUCUUCAGCACCAAAGUGCUCGGCGCCGUUGAGUUUGGAGCCGUGGCCGUUGUCAUCGUCUCCGAUGGCGCACUGACGGAGCCAAUUGCUGCGAAUGCGAGCGACUACCGCCUGGGCGGCGUCCCCGUGAUGAUGAUUGACGAGCAGGACCUUGACCUCUUCUCCUUUGCCGCCAAUACAACCGUGGAGGCUGCCUUCAAGGCUACCACCGUGCGCUCCUUUGAUGAAAACUUCUUCGUCUUCUUCCUCGCUGCAUGGUUCUGCCUCAUCUUUGCCGGCUGCUGGGCCUGGAAUGAAACAAAGCAGGUACUUGGCCGGGUCAAGCGCCUCAACCACCUGCGCCCGUGCAUGUGUACAGCGGAGGAGGUGUCGUCCAUUCGCAGACAGGAGGUGGUCCGUUUCGCCAACCCGCACCUUCCCUACCGCUACAACCUCUCCUGCGCCGGUGUCAAGUACGACGUUGUUUAUCUUGUGUAUGUUGUGAUUGCACUGUUUAUGCUGUCGUCGACAUUUGCGCUUCAGCGGCUGCUGCUGUUGAUGGAGCCAACAUCCGGCCCGCUCGCGUCCACGUUCACCAUCCCAAAGCUUGGCGCUGCCUCCAUCUACGCUGCGGUCACGUUUCUCUUCGCCGCUAGCAUUGCGACGUGGUGGGUGGUUGUUCGCCACGAGCCUUAUGCCUGGGCGCUGCAAGACGUUCUCGGGCUGGCGUUUAUCAUCUCUGUGCUGCAGUCGCUGCGGACGCCCUCAUAUCGGGUGACGGCAGCGCUGCUGUUUGGGUUUCUGCUGUACGACGUGUUCUUCGUCUUCAUCACCCCGUAUCUCACAAAGGACAACGACUCGGUCAUGGUCAAGGCCGCAACGGGUGGCGGUACGAGUUCUGAACAGCUUCCCCUCACCCUGCGCGUGCCCCGCCUCUUUGCAAGCUGCUUCAAGGGCGAAUCACUGCUUGGCUUUGGCGACAUCAUCAUCCCGGGCCUGGCGGUCGUGUACUGCGCCGUGUACGAUGCGCACCGCACCACGUCAGUCGGAGGCGCGCUCUCCUUUGCACAGCGCCACGCCUACUUCCUCACCGCCCUCGCCGCCUACACAUUCGGGCUCGCGGCCACGUACGUUGCGCUUGCGACGAUGAGGAUGGCCCAGCCCGCCCUGCUGUACCUGUCGCCGUCGCUGCUGAUUGCACUGCCGCUGGCUGCGUGGUUGCGCGGGGAGCUUGCACUCUUCUGGCGGGGCAGCAUCAAGAAGGGGGGCGGAUAUCAGGCGCUGAUGGCGCACAGCCCGGGCCGCACGACGCCAGCCAGCGUCGACGACCUCAUGAUCGAGGAGGAGCAGGGGGAGCAGGAGCAGGGGCAGGGAGAAGAGACACGCGCCAAGCCGUUGUCAUCAUCGCCGCCGCCACCGCCACACCCAACAGCAUCACAGCCCAGCAAGGCGCACACGACAGUGCAGGUCGUGUCCUUUGUCGACAGCACUGAGUAAACACGAACACAAGCAA